CUUUGAUUCGGGAUCCCGGGCUCCGUUAACAUAGAGCCUCAAUUUCCCAGACUACAUCGCUUCUUGUACAUCCGCCAUAUUGCCUUCGCCUAAACGCGCUGGCUGGUUUGGCUCGUACCCACAACUGAAAAUUGUUGCAGUGAUGACUCAGACAGUUCAGACCAACGGGGUUCAACCCCUCAGUAAGACCUGGGAGCUGAGUCUGUAUGAGCUACAGAGAACUCCACAGGCACAGGAGGCUAUAACAGAUGGACUGGAAAUAGCAGUGUCGCCCAGGUCCUUGCACAGCGAACUUAUGUGUCCCAUCUGUCUGGACAUGUUGAAGAACACAAUGACAACCAAAGAAUGUCUGCACCGCUUCUGCGCUGAUUGUAUCAUCACAGCUUUAAGAUCUGGUAAUAAAGAGUGUCCUACCUGUCGUAAGAAGCUGGUGUCCAAGAGGUCGCUGCGUCCAGACCCCAAUUUUGAUGCUCUGAUAAGCAAGAUUUAUCCCAGCCGUGACGAGUACGAAGCCCACCAAGAGAGAGUGCUGGCUCGCAUUAGCAAACACAACAACCAGCAAGCACUGUCCCACAGCAUAGAGGAGGGGCUGAAGAUACAGGCUAUGACCAGACUGCAGCGUGGUAAGAGACACACAGUGGAGAAUGGUAGCGGAGCUGAGGACAAUGGUGACUCCUCCCAUUGUAGCAACGCCUCUGUUCACAGCAACCAGAAAUGUCUUUCCCAGGAGGCAGGUCCGAGUAUUAAGCGCACCAAGACGAGUGAUGACAGUGGUUUGGACAUGGAUAACGCUGCUGAGAACGGGGGCGGGGACUCUGUGAUCGACGGUGGAGCCAGCGAGAUAGAACUGGUGUUCAGGCCACAUCCCACCCUGAUGGAGAAGGAUGACGGUCACAACAGUGUGGAGUUUGUCCCUCGCUACAUAAAGACGUCCGGUAACGCUACAGUGGAUCACCUGUCUAAAUACCUGGCCGUCAGACUGGCUCUGGAGGAGCUGAGAAGAAACGCAGAAGCCAGUCCUGUUAAUGUGGAGGCAGCUUCAGAAAAACAGUACACCAUCUACAUACCUACUGCUGGAAACCAGUUCACUGUUCUGAAUGGGUCCUUCUCCCUGGAGCUGGUUAGCGAAAAGUACUGGAAGGUGAACAAACCCAUGGAGCUCUACUUUGCGCCAACUAAAGAACACAAGUAGACUCCCACACAUAAAAACACACACGUACAUAUACACACAUACACCUACACACUCAGCAGUAGGAAGAAAACACAUGGACUUGGCUACACCUGCGCAAACAGAAGCAAGAGGAGAGGAGUGUGUGUCUGAAGGAGAUGAGAGGGUGGUGAAACCCUCAAAAGGACUCUUGUAAAAAGAAAACAACUUUGUUUUAUAUUCUCUGUAUCUUUCUGUGUCUCUUUCUAUCUUUCUCUCUGUAGAAGGUAGCAGAUCAGUACAGCAGCCAGCAGGUCAUUGAAGUGAUAAUAGGCUGUUCUCUGAAAACCAGGGUCCAGUCAGUCUGAAUCAGUAAAACAUUGCAUUAUACUGUCUUUGUCUUUAUGCCAUGUGAUUUUGGUCUGUACCAGACAACAGUUGAGUGUGAGAGAAACGUUGUGAAAAAUUUGGACGUCAAUCCCAAACUGCUCCCAGGUUCUACCACGACCACCUGCGUCAGUAUCUGAAGUUUAGGACCAUAUUGUCAAAAUGUGUCUACAGCUCAGAAACAGCAUAAUAUGAUAGAGUACAUUAGACAUACGCCACACAGUUUCUUCUCAACUGUACUACAUUUAAGAUGAAUCCGACAUGUAUGGAAGCAAAGAAAGUCCAUAUCAAUGACAACUUUAACUGAACAGCUCAUUGUGAAAUGUAAUCACUCCUGAAUAUUAUGUUGACUUUAAAAUAUCAGUGAAUCUGUAACAUUGAAAUAUUUAACAUAAAAAGCUAUCUGCAUGUACGUGGGGUGGAAUCCCCUCUGUGAAAUGCUCGCAUCAUUUAAGGUUUUGCAAUUUAAAACACUAAUAAUUUUGAGUCUGGGGUUUCUAGUCGCUCAUCUGAACUCGUCUUACUUGGAUCACAUGACAUCCAGUGAUUAUCCUUGGUAGCCUCAAUGUUUAAGUUAAACAUUUUAUUGUAAAUUGUAAAAUAUUUAAAUGUUCAACAUUAAUAGUGAUUAGAUUUCAUAAUUGGGUUACAGUGGCUUAUUAAAAGAUUCCAACCUUUUCUUUGCUUCCAUAGACGAUCCUCUACAUCUGAAGCAGAAAUGCAGCCAAGAUAUUAUUCGACCCAUGUGGCCCAGUGUGACAUGCUGGGCCUUUGAGAAAGCACCUGUUUAAGCAUAUGUUGAACACUACUGGGUGAAAUGUGCGUUCACACUGAGGGACAGCCUUGACCAGCAGUGGGCAGUGCAAGCACAUCAAAUCUGAUUUAUAUAGUGACAUGAAGCUACAGAGAUUGCCUCGGGCAAAUCUUUUUUUUUUUUCAGGGUGGUUUUCUGAUAAUGUUGUAGGUGUUCUCUAAACAGUUUUUCCCUGUUUUCUUUUAAAUAAAACUAGAAGAUGGUUAAGGUUUGAAUGGCUUCAAUGUUUUUGUCAGGGAAGGCUGAAUCCCUGUACCAGGGAACAAGGGAGGGAGAGUACCAGAGGAAUGGAGCUCUGGUCGCCAGUGUGAACACCAUAACAAUCGAGCUGCCCCAUCAGCAGGGCUCGUCUUGCUUUGGUUAGUAUAAUAUGGCGCUGGUAAAGUGCUCAACACAAUAACUCGUCUCAGACUCGUAGCUGUUGUCUUGAUCUGUUGCCUGUAGAAACAAACUGUCCUCUAAUAUCUGUGGCUUGUUCUUUUAUAAAUGUAUUUUGUAACAUGGA